CUACCAACAUAAAAUAACAAACACACAGCGGCAGUUUUUCUUGAACUGAAAUAUAAACCACACGUUGAGACAGCCGGUAAACUGUUUCUCCGUAAAAGUCUACCUAUUGCCCGUAACAACGUUUCAAUGCGGUAGGAUAAUGAUAUCGUCACCCCUAGAGUCGACAAUGGUUCGUUGCCGCUGUUCAACAUGCUGAUGUAUUUUGUAACAGUAGAGAGAGAGACGGAUCUACUGCGGCGGCACUGCAGGUUUGAGCUUGAACGGGUUUCGCAAGUUACGAAGGGGGUGAGUGAACAGCACACAGGUAGUUUUUGCAACACUAUGCUAGGAGAGUGGAGAGGCGGGACUAAGCAGACAAGUGUGUGACCCUUCUCUGUGAUUGGUGGACAGAGAUUGAUGGUUGACAGACGGACGGAUAAAGAGAACGGGACAGACCGCAGAGAGGAGAGACGGGGAGAGAGAGAUGGCUCACAGUGUCAACUUUUACCUGACUGCUGAGCACAUGGAGGCUGGCCUGGAGAGCCCAGCGGAUGAAGAGGGGGUCCAUGACUCCUUUAACCAGCUGAUAGAGGAUCAGAGACAGGAAGCCUUGGAGCUGCAGGAACUGCAGAGAGACCUGGACGAGGAGGAACGAGACAGUGUAGCGUACCUGUCCAGCCCUGGUCAGGAGAUAUGGCGUGGGAGCCCGGGGAGGGGUGAGGAGGAAGGGGGGGGACAGUUAGACCCCCUUCUAGAGGAACGCUGGUCCUCCGCCACCCUCAAAGUUCUCUCCUCCAUGCCCAGCCGCACCAUCGGUCGUAGUGGAGGUGCUGUCAUCUCUCAGUACUAUAACAGGACCAUGAAGUUGAGAAGACGCAGACAGAGCAGGCCUUCCAUAAAGGACUUUUCCCGCUCCGCACGGCCCAGUAUCCGUGGUUACGGCAUGGAGACAGACUGCAUGGAGACCGAGGGCGUGGAUGAGGAGGGGCGUAAGCGUGACCAACUGGUCAACAACCUUCAGAACCUCUCUCUGAGUGACCGGGUCAGGAUGCUGCGAGCCAUGCCUCUCUCUGUGGCAGAGAAGAGUGAGCUAAGGAGGUUGGCUGACAGGAAGGGUCGACGCUCCAAUCACAGUCAGAUCCCCUGUUGCAGCCAGCUCAAGUAUCACAUCAUCAUCGCUCUGAGACAUAGCUGGUACAGUUGUCUUUCCUUCCUCCACUCCCUACAGCUGUGGCAGGUGGCGCUGAAGAGGGUGAGCGGUCGUUUCGGCACCGGCGUCCUCUCUUACUUCCUGUUCGUCAAGACCCUCCUCUUCUUCAACAUCUUCCUGUUCCUGGUCACGGGUUUGUUGCUGGCCGUGCCCCAGGCAGUACACCCCCCCACAUUAACCCAGGGACACGAAGCCUUCUCUGGGCUGGAGCUGCUCACUGGAGGGGGUUAUUUCUCAGACUCAGUGAUGUACUAUGGUUACUAUAGUAACUCUACCCUGUCUAAGGACUGUAGAGUCACUAGUAGCAGUAUGGAGCAGCAGCCCAGUCCCUCUGUAUCUAGAAGGACAAUGGAAACAGACUGUGGAGUGAAGCCGUCCUACAACAUGCCCCUGGCUUACUUCUUCACCAUAGGACUGGCUUUCUUCAUCACCUGCAUCAUCCUCGUCUACAGCAUGUCCAAGUCGUUUGGUCAGAGUUUCCGUAUCGACAAGUCACAUGGUAUCCUGGCGAUGAAGGUGUUCUGUUCCUGGGACUUUAAAGUCAUCAAGAAAACCUCCGUCAAACUCCGGUCUGAAAACAUCUGCAUUCAACUCAGGGAGUUGUUAGAGGAGACGAGUCGUAAGCAUGUCCAGAAGACUGCGUGUCAGAGAAUAGGACGUGUGCUGGUACAUGUUCUGGCCUGGUUCAUCUGUAUCGGCAGUACAGUGGCCUGUGUUCUAGCUCUCUACUACUUCUCUGAGUACAUGCACAAGGACCUCCAGUACAGAUCUCGUAUUCCCACUAAGGACCCUCUCCUGAAGGAAGCCAGUCUGUUGGCCCUGCCAGUCGUAGUGUCUCUCAUCAACCUCCUGCUCCCUGGCAUCUUCAACGCUACUGCCUGGAUGGAGGAGUACGACUCGCCCAGCGUAAACACAUACAUCGCCAUCAGCAGGAACCUGAUGUUGAAAGUGAGCGUGCUGGUAGUGCUGUGCUUCCAUUGGCUGGGCCGGAUCGCUUCUGACCCCCACAGCAUCGGCCUGCAGUGCUGGGAGAGUUUUGUAGGACAAGAGCUGUACCGCUUCCUCCUCAUGGACUUCAUCUUUACCAUACUGGACACCUUCUUUGGAGAGUUCCUCUGGAGGUUGUUUUCUCAGAGGGUGUUGAAGAGGAAAAGAAAGCCUGUGUUUGACAUCUCCAGGAACGUGUUGGAACUCAUCUACGGACAGACACUGGCCUGGUUGGGGGUGUUGUUCACUCCUCUGCUUCCUGCUGUACAGAUCAUCAAACUACUGCUUCUCUUCUACAUGAAGCAGACUAGUGUGAUGAUGAACUGCCAGUCCCCUAGGAAGCCCUAUAGGGCCAGUCAGAUGAGCACCAUCUUCAUCACUCUCCUCUGCUGCCCUUCCUUCCUGGGGGCUGCUGUUUGUGUUAGCUACACCAUGUGGAGUAUCCGUCCGUCUGAGUCAUGCGGUCCGUUCCGCAGCCUGUCCACUAUGUUCCAGUCAGGGAAGCUGUGGGUGAAGGAGUUGGAGACACACAACCCUAACCUGGCCUGGUUAGCCUGGGCUCACAGUUACAUAGUGGAGAACCCUCUGUUUCUGUUCCUCGCUGCUGGGAUCUUCCUGAUAGUGAUUUACUUCAACACCCAGGUGGUGGAUGGACAGAGGAAGAUUAUCAGUCUGCUGCAGGAGCAAAUAGAAAACGAGGGGGAGGAUAAGAAGUUCCUGAUCACUCGUCUCCAGGCCAUCCACCAGCAGAAACGACCCCUCUCCCCUCGCAGACUCACCAGUCAGGCCAGUCAGGAUUCCAACUGUUAGCAUUCCAACUACUGGAAGGGCAUUCUCUCCCUUCUCAUUGGAGGGAAUAUCUCAGAAAAUGUCCUGAAUGGACCAACCUGGAUGUAGCUCUCCUCUGCUGCCUCUGGGAAGAGUUGUUAAGGGAUUCUUCAACUGGAAAACUGUUCUCAUAGGAUGUCCUCUUUCCCAGGAAGCUGAGUUGGGACUGGGACUAUAAAGGAAUUUACUUCUUUACAAUAACAAAUCACACAGACGUCAAAACGUGAAUCUGAUAGGAUCCA